GAUUGAAAAAGUGAAGCAAAGAGACACGUGAAUAUGUAUUUCCUCAGUUCUUUGAAGAAUAUGAGGUUGGGAUUAAUCUCAGUUCAUCAGCGAAUCUGAUUCCGUCACUUUGUUCUUGCCCCUUUCUUCUUCUUUUUCCUUUCUUCUUCUUUUUCCUUUCUUCUUCUCUCUGUAUACUAUUUGGUUAGAAAAUUUCAUUACAAAUUGCAGAAGUUUUAGUUUGAUUUCAUAAGCAUCAAAAAUCAAAGCAGAUAUGAAGCAGCUCUGGUCUUUGUUGUUCUUGUCUUGUCUUUGUCUUGGAUUGUUCGGAAAUGGACAUUCUGUGAAGCCAACAUCUGUCAAAAUCGGUUCAAUAUUCAGUUUCGAUUCAGUGAUUGGCAAAGUUGCUAAGAUUGCGAUUGAUGAAGCAGUGAAAGAUGUGAAUUCAAGUCCCGACAUCCUCGGAGGAACACAUCUUCAAGUUUCAAUGCAGAACUCUAAUUGCAGCGGUUUUAUGGGCAUGGUUGAAGCAUUGAGGUUUAUGGAGAAGGACAUAGUUGGGAUCAUAGGACCACAAUGUUCUGUAGUUGCUCAUAUGAUAUCUCAUAUGGCUAAUGAACUUCGUGUGCCUCUUCUCUCAUUUGCUGUAACGGAUCCUGUAAUGUCGCCACUUCAAUUCCCUUAUUUUAUUAGGACGAGUCAGAGCGAUUUAUAUCAAAUGGAUGCUAUUGCUUCGAUUGUUGACUUCUACGGUUGGAAAGAAGUAAUAGCUGUGUUUGUGGAUGAUGAUUACGGAAGAAACGGUAUCGCUGCCCUUAAUGAUAAGCUUGCGAGUAGGAGAUUGAGAAUCACUUACAAGGCCGGUUUACACCCGGACAAUGCCGCGAAUAAGAAUGAGAUCAUGAACAUACUCAUUAAAAUCAUGUUGCUUCAGCCUAGAAUCAUUGUGAUUCAUGUCUACUCGGAAUUGGGUUUUGCGGUUUUUAAGGAGGCUAAGUAUCUAGGAAUGAUGGGAAAUGGGUAUGUUUGGAUUGCUACGGAUUGGCUGUCUACUACUCUUGACUCUUCGUCUCCGCUUCCCUCAGAGAGACUUGAAUCUAUUCAAGGUGUUCUUGUCCUCCGUCCACACACGCCUGAUUCGAAAUCUAAACGGGAGUUUUUCUCUAGGUGGCGUAAGAUCCCUGAUGCUCCAUUGGCUCUUCACACAUAUGGUCUCUAUGCUUAUGACUCGGUUAUGCUCUUAGCGCGUGCUUUAGAUAAGUACUUUAAAGACGGUGGGAGAAUUUCGUUUUCGAAUGACUCAAUGCUUGAUGAUUUGGGGAAAAACGGAAACCUCAAUUUAGAAGCGAUGACAAUCUUUGAUGGUGGAGAAACUCUGCUUAAGGAUAUCCUCGGAACGCAUAUGGUUGGUUUAACGGGACAGAUUCAGUUCACCUCAGAUAGGUCUCGGACUAGUCCAGCUUAUGAUAUUAUCAAUGUGGCGGGAACCGGUGUUCGCCAAAUAGGCUACUGGUCGAAUCAUUCUGGUUUAUCAGUUGUGCCACCUGAGUCACCCAACACGAAUAAGCAACCGAAUAUGUCUUUUGGUACAACAACUAGUCCGAAACUGAGGCAUGUGAUUUGGCCGGGAGAAACGUUUCAAAAGCCACGCGGAUGGGUUUUUUCUAACAAUGGGAAAGAGCUCAAAAUCGGUGUGCCUCGUCGUGUUAGUUACAAGGAGUUUGUGUCACAGAUUCGUGGAACCGAUAAUAGUUUCAAAGGUUUCUGCAUAGAUGUCUUUACAGCUGCAGUGAACCUCUUACCGUAUGCAGUCCCUUUCAAGUUUAUUCCUUAUGGUGACGAAAAGGAGAAUCCGAGCUACAGCCAUAUGGUUGAGAUGAUAACAACUGGUAAUUUCGAUGGGGUAGUGGGUGAUGUUGCCAUCGUAACAAACCGGACAAAGAUUGUGGAUUUUACACAACCGUAUGCAGCAUCAGGACUAGUUGUUGUUGCUCCCUUUAAGAAACUGAAUUCAGGAGCUUGGGCUUUUCUCCGACCUUUCAAUCGACUUAUGUGGGCAGUCACGGCUUGCUGCUUUCUCUUUGUGGGCAUUGUUGUUUGGAUCUUGGAACAUAGGAUUAACGACGAAUUCAGAGGCCCGCCCAAGAGACAAUGCGUUACAAUUCUCUGGUUUAGCUUCUCGACCAUGUUUUUCGCCCAUAGAGAGAACACAGUUAGUACACUUGGGCGGCUGGUUCUGAUCAUAUGGCUAUUCGUUGUACUAAUAAUAAACUCGAGUUACACGGCUAGUCUCACAUCGAUCCUCACGGUUCAGCAGCUUUCCUCACCCAUCAAGGGAAUCGACAGCCUUAGAGAAAUGGAUGAACGGAUCGGAUACCAGGUGGGUUCAUUUGCAGAGCGUUAUUUGAGAGAUGAGCUCAACAUAUCAGAGUCGCGUCUCCUCGCGCUUGGAUCACCUGAAGCAUAUGCCAAGGCUUUAAAAGAUGGACCAAACAAAGGAGGCGUUGCUGCAAUUGUUGACGAGCGUCCCUAUGUCGAACUCUUUCUCUCUAGCAAUUGCGCUUAUAGGAUCGUCGGUCAGGAGUUCACCAAAAGUGGCUGGGGAUUUGCAUUUCCUAGAGACUCUCCACUAGCAAUAGAUAUGUCAACAGCGAUCUUGGAGCUAGCAGAGAACGGAGAUCUGCAGAGAAUCCACGAUAAGUGGCUAAUGAAGAACGCGUGCACUCUAGAGAACGCGGAGCUUGAAUCAGACAGGCUUCAUCUGAAAAGUUUCUGGGGGCUUUUUCUCAUAUGUGGAGUUGCGUGCGUCCUCGCUCUCUUCCUCUACUUUAUACAGAUCAUCCGUCAACUCUAUAGUGGAAAGCCAAACGAGGAUGAUGAUGCCAUUGGGAAAGAGAAUCAUGACUCAUCCUCCUUGCGUUCUACGCGUCUUCAGAGAUUCUUCUCGCUCAUGGAUGAGAAAGAAGAUAUGUCUAAGGCGGGAAGCAAGAAGAGAAAGAUUGAUGGAUCAGUGAACGAUACUUCGGGGUCGAGACAUUCACGAGGAUUUGACAGAGAAAGAAGCUUUAAUUCGGGACCAAAUAAACCCAAACUCAUGGCGGCUGAAUAUUCCGGUAGCCGGAGUUCUAAUACACAGCUUCUCGCUGAACUCGAAGCCCUAAGUGAAAACCUUUACCAGAAACCCCAGGCUUCAGUUGGUCGGAGAACUAAUUCACUCGCUCUGCCUCGCAGUUCUGUUCCGUCCCUCGUGACACCGAAGCUUGAGGUAGAAGAGGAAGAGACUGUGGAUACGACUCAGAACAGAAUCAACAAGAGACCAGAAGAGUCGUCAUUGGGAUCAAUUGCGAAGGAAGAGAGAAAAGGGAUAUGGAAUUGGAAACCGAUUCGCGGGCUGGUCCGAAUUGGAAUGCAGAAACUGAGCUGUUUGUUAUCGGUCGAGGUCGUGGCGGCCCAGAAUCUACCGGCGUCGAUGAACGGUCUACGCCUUGGUGUUUGCGUGAGGAAGAAGGAAACAAAAGACGGAGCCGUCCAGACGAUGCCGUGUCGGGUUUCUCAAGGAGCUCCGGAUUUCGAGGAGACGCUGUUCAUCAAGUGCCACGUGUACUACUCGCCGGCUAACGGGGAGGGUGCUCCGGCGAAGUUCGAGGCUCGUCCGUUUUUGGUUUAUCUAUUCGCCGUCGACGCUAAGGAGCUUGAGGAGAAAGACGGUGGAGCUGGGAUUUACAGUAAACAAGGUGAAUUAGGGAUUAAACCGAGUAGUAAACCUAAGAAUUUGUCAGGUUCCUUUGGGCGAAAGCAAUCAAAAACUUCGUUUAGUGUCCCAAGCCCUAAGAUGACGAGCCGCAGCGAGGCCUGGAUGCCAGCGACAGGUGCGGAAUCUGCAUCGGGCCUUCAAGGGAUUGAGCAUUUGAAUCUUGAUGAACCAGAGGAGAAACCGGAGCAGAAACCAGAGAAAACAGAACAGAGAGAUGAAGAUGAUCAAGAACCUGAUUUCGAAGUUAUUGAAAAAGGAGAAGAUCAGGAACCUGAUUUUGAAGUUGUGGACAAAGGAGUUGAGUUUGAUGACGACACUGAGACUGAGAAAUCCGAUGGAACCGUUGGUGAAAGAUCCAUUGAGUUGAAGGAACAACAUGUUAAUGUUGAUGAUCCACGGCACAUAAUGAGACUAACCGAGUUAGAUUCUAUUGCAAAGCAGAUCAAAGCGCUUGAAUCUAUGAUGAAAGACGAUAGUAACGGAGCGGAAGAUGAAGAAUCCGAGAGUCUCAAAUUCUACCAGCAUAAAAUGGAGAUCUCUGAGCUACGCUCUGGCGAUUCAGUAGAAGAUGAAACUGAAAAAUACCUAUCAGAUCUCGGUAAAGGCAUCGGUUGCGUUGUUCAGACGAGAGAUGGUGGUUACUUAGUGUCUAUGAACCCUUUUGACAUGGUGGUCAUGAGGAAAGACACUCCUAAAGUCGUUAUGCAAAUCUCGAAACAGAUUGUGGUAUUACCAGAAGCCGGAUCAGUGACUGGAUUCGAGUUGUUUCACAGAAUGGCUGGUUUGGGUAAGGGUAAAGAACUUGAUUCGAAGAUAUCUUCGCUUAUGGCGAUAGACGAGUUAAUAGGGAAGACAGGGGAGCAAGUGGCUUUUGAAGGAAUAGCUUCAGCUAUUAUACAAGGGAGAAACAAAGAGCGAGCGAACACAAGCGCGGCAAGAACGGUUGCAGCUGUUAAAACGAUGGCUAACGCGAUGAACAACGGGAGAAGGGAGAGGAUAAUGACAGGAAUCUGGAAUGUGGAGGAGAAUCCAUUGACUUCAGCAGAGGAGGUUUUAGCUGUUUCUUUACAGAUAUUAGAAGAUAUGGUGAUUGAAGGACUAAAGAUUCAAGCUGAUAUGGUGGAGGACGAUUCUCCUUUCGAGGUUUUCGCUGCCAAAGGUCAGCCGAAUCCAUUGGAGUUGACCAUCCCGCUCGAUGAGUGGCUCAUGGAGAAUCGGACGCAAAAAUCGCUGACGGUUUUAGCGACAGUGCAACUCCGAGACCCGACGAGGAGAUAUGAGGCAGUGGGAGGGGUGGUCGUGGUGGCGGUGCAGGCGGAAGAGGAGGAGAACGGGUUAAAAGUGGGAAGUUUGCACGUUGGGGGAGUGAAGAGAAAUGCAGCGGAGAGGCGGAGGUUGACGGCGGCACAGUGGCUUGUUGAGUACGGAAUGGGAAAGAAAGGGAUGAAGAAGAGUGAUGUUAAGAGAAAGGAGAAAGAAGGAGAAGAGGUAGACUUGUUAUGGAGCUUGUCGUCUAGAGGUAUGGCGGAUAUGUGGCUCAAAUCUAUAAGGAACCCUGAUGUGAAGUUGCAUAGCUGA